AUGGGAACAGUGACAGCGGAGGAUGCGCUACUGUCCGCGCUCGUAACGGGGGUGGCGGGGGCGACUCCUUCUCCCGCACUCUCAUCGCUAGCUGCUCUCUUUGAGGCGGCCGUUGCGGAUAACGCGACAGACGUUGCAGACCAGCUUGAAGACCCCCUUCUCGCCGCAUUACCCGCCUUCACCUACGCCAUGCCCGUUCAGGUCGUCAUCCUCGGCGUCACCCUUACUCUCCUCGCCAUGCUUCUUGUCCAUCUCCUCUUCACGAUCCGAUAUCACGCUCCGCUGUCCAAGGCAAACUACGCUCUCCAGACCACCGCUGCCGUCCUCUCGCUGUGCAACACCGCGGCGCAGCUACGUAUCGUCAUGCACGACGUGCACGAGACUGGCCGAGAGCGACCCUUCAUGUUCGACUACAUCGAGGUCAACUUUCCGAAAGACUCCUGGUCGACCGCCGAGCGCGCCGCGUGGCUUCUCUUGCAGGGUCUGAACGCACUCGCCGUCCACGCCACCCACAUCCAGUUCCUCACCAUGCUCUUCCCCUCCGCCCUCGAAGUCCGCCUCAUCUUCGUCCUCCUCGGCCCGCUCGCCCUCGCCACAGCCGGCCUCGUCUACACGACGAUGAGUGUCCACCCCGCCGUGAACGACCUUGGCGACGCAAUCCGCAACACUUGUAACUCGUCCCUCACCCUGCUCUACACUCUCGCGCUGUGGAUCUGGGGCCUGACACUCAACAGAUCUCGUGCAUGGCGGACGGAGGGCGGCACCGCCUCGUUCGGCAUCGUCGCGCUCGUCUUGGGCGUCCUCGGGACGGCCGUCAACUUUGUCGAAAUCAAGGAGGACCGCAUGCGGUGGCUGCCGGGUGUCGUUACCUGCAUCCUGCUCUGGCAGAGCUGGGUCGGGUUCUGGUGGUGGGUUGGCGCGGGUAUGUGGGCUGGGGAGGCGGAGGACGUCGAGCGGAGACGGGACAAGCAGCGGCGGAGGGAGGAGAAGCGGCAGCGGAAGAAGGAGCAGCAGCAGCGACGAGCGGCUGGUGAGACUGGCGAAGGAACGGGCGCUAGGAGCACGGUUAGCAGUCUGCGGAGGCGCUUCGCUCGCACCGACACCCUCGCGACGGAUGCGAGCGGCGCGGCGAUUGAGCUGCGGGACUUGGGGAGAACGACAGCGGAAGGCGCGGAGGCGAGUCCAGCGGAAGGCGCGGCACCGACUGGCGCAGCGAGCGAAGGACGACGAAGAGCGCCGGGCGACCGCGACGGCCGCAGUAGCGACUCGAACUCGUCAACCCUCUCGUCAUCACGGCCUUCCACCCAGCACUUCUAUGACCCGCUCCUCAACCUUUUCGUUCCCUUCCUCACGCGUCUACGACUCGCCCACGACGCAGCGGCGGUCGCACAGGCUGCGAAACCGCCAGGACUUCCGGAGGAUGUACGGCGAGGGUGGGGCAUGAGGGCGAUGAUGAUGCGCGGGAGGAAGGAGCGCGGCGAGCGACGUCAGGCUGCGCGAGGGCGAGUACGACCAGGCGCGGAGAUGGACGCUGCGGAGCGAAGAGCUGGGUUCGAGCUUGAUGGAGGUGCGCGAUUAGGCGACGAAGGCGGUGCGGCGAGAGACGUCGAGGGAGAGUGGGAGGAUGAGGGGACGGUGUCGACUGCCGAGACGACGACUGGAGCCACCUCUUCCGACCGUCGAACAGCUCGCUCGCCUCAAGGAGGAGCGGCCACGUACCCACCAACGCGACCGACUGCGUCUCCCAACGCCGGCCGAGUUCCUCCCGAGACAGGUGAGGAGCCUGAAGGGAACUGGGCGGGGCGGGGCAUGGAAGGGCAGAGCGGCUGGUGGUGGAGAGGGUGGAUCGGUCGUAGGCGCCUCAAGGACGUCUCGCAGUGGUGA